AUGGGCUCACUCAGCGCAUCUAUCGUUGCGACCCACGAGGUGGGCACUGGCGUUCGCAGCGCGACGUCUCACUUGGGCAGCAACAGCAACAGCAACAGCAACAGCAACAGCAACAGCAACAGCAACAGCAACAGCAACAGCAACAGCAACAGCAACAGCAACAGCAACAGCAACAGCAACAGCAACAGCAACAGCAACAGCAACAGCAACCAGCGGCAUCCGUCUUACGGUGACACGUGCGGGAAGCCAAAGGCAAAAGGCAAAGCCCAGGCCCAGGACGGGUGGCAUCCAGGGAUCUUGGAGCGUAGGACAGGCGCAACGUUGCACGGGGAGAAGUGA